GAGGCUCAGCCCGUGAGCCAAUCCGUGCACGCCGUGGCAAUAAUCGCGCGGUUCUUCGAAGGCCUUCCAUCGUUCCAUUGUGGUAGCACAACUUUUGCGAUCACUGGGUGAAAAUGUUCGUGCAAAAGAGAGGUGGCCGUACUGAAUCGGUUCAUUUUGAUAAAAUCACUUCAAGAAUUGAAAAACUCUGCUAUGGUCUUCACAAAACUUUUGUUGAUCCAGCAGCAAUCACCUUGAAAGUCAUAAGUGGCUUGUAUCCUGGCGUCACCACUGUAGAACUAGACAACCUAGCAGCAGAAACAGCUGCAACAAUGACUACCAAGCACCCUGACUAUGCUAUUCUUGCUGCAAGAAUAGCAGUUUCCAACCUUCACAAAGAGACAAAAAAAGCCUUCAGUGAUGUAAUGACGGACUUGUACAACUGGAUCAAUCCAAAGACUGGCAAGCAUUCACCCAUGAUUUCCAAGGAAACUCAUGAAAUAAUCAUGCAGCAUGCUGAGGUUCUUAAUUCCGCUAUUGUCUAUGACCGUGACUAUGGUUACAAUUAUUUUGGAUUCAAGACACUAGAGCGGUCAUACCUGCUGAAGAUUAAUGGGAAAGUGGCAGAAAGGCCACAGCACAUGUUGAUGAGAGUGGCCGUUGGAAUCCAUGGCAAUGACAUUGACAGUGCCAUUGAGACCUACAAUCUCAUGUCUGGAAAGUGGUUCACACAUGCCUCUCCAACUCUUUUUAAUGCUGGUACUUGUAGACCACAGCUGUCCAGCUGUUUUUUGUUGGCUAUGGCAUCAGACAGCAUUGAAGGUAUAUAUGACACUCUUAAGCAGUGCGCACUUAUCUCCAAAAAUGCUGGUGGUGUUGGCCUCAGUGUUCACAACAUUCGAGCGACAGGCAGUCACAUAGCUGGCACAAAUGGAACAUCAAAUGGCCUGAUUCCUAUGCUGCGUGUGUAUAACACUACAGCUCAUUAUGUUGACCAAGGAGGGAACAAGAGACCUGGAGCAUUUGCCAUCUAUCUGGAACCUUGGCAUGCAGACAUCUUUGAAUUCUUGGACUUGAAAAAGAACACAGGUAAAGAGGAGAUCAGAGCCAGAGACCUCUUCUAUGCACUGUGGAUACCUGACCUGUUCAUGAAGCGUGUUGAGCAGAAUGGAGACUGGACCUUGAUGUGUCCCAGUGAAUGCCCAGGCCUUUCUGACACAUGGGGCAACGAAUUUGAGACGCUUUAUGAAAAGUAUGAGCAGAAGGGAAUGGGGAGAAAGACAGUGAAAGCACAAGCUCUCUGGUAUGCCAUCAUAGAAUCACAGACUGAGACAGGCACACCCUAUAUGCUGUACAAAGACAGCUGUAACCGAAAGUCCAACCAGCAGAACCUGGGCACCAUCAAAUGCAGUAAUCUGUGUACAGAGAUUGUAGAAUACACCAGUGCAGAUGAGGUAGCAGUGUGCAAUCUGGCGUCAGUUGCACUAAACAUGUUUGUAAAACCAGACCACACAUUUGACUUUGUCAAGUUCCAUGAGGUGCUGAAGGUGAUGGUGCACAACCUAAACAAGAUAAUUGAUAUCAACUAUUACCCUCUUGAAGAGGCAAAACGCUCCAACUUGCGACACCGCCCCAUAGGGCUUGGUGUUCAGGGUCUGGCAGAUGCUUUCAUUCUGAUGCGCUACCCCUAUGACAGUCCUGAGGCACAACAGCUCAACAAGGAAAUAUUUGAAAACAUGUAUUAUGCAGCCCUUGAUGCAAGCUGUGAGCUUGCAGAAAAAUUUGGUCCGUAUGAAACAUAUGCAGGCUCACCAGUCAGUAAAGGAAUUCUGCAGUUUGACAUGUGGGAUGUGAAGCCAUCCACAAGCUUAGACUGGGAUGCCCUCAGAGCCAGAAUUGCCAAAUAUGGUGUACGCAACAGCCUGCUAAUGGCUCCCAUGCCCACAGCUUCAACUGCUCAGAUCCUUGGCAACAACGAGUCCAUUGAAGUGUACACUUCAAACAUAUACACUCGUCGUGUCUUGUCUGGAGAGUUUCAGAUUGUCAACCACCACUUGCUGAAAGAUUUGACAGAGCUUGGGCUGUGGAAUGAUGAGAUGAAAAACCAGCUCAUUGCACAAGGUGGAUCCAUCCAGAACAUAGAAAGUAUUCCUGAUGAACUGAAGCAGCUGUACAAGACAGUGUGGGAAGUUUCUCAGAAAACCGUCAUCAAAAUGGCAGCUGACCGUGGAGCUUUCAUUGACCAGAGUCAGUCUCUGAACAUCCACAUAGCUGAGCCCAACUAUGGCAAAUUAUCCAGCAUGCAUUUUUAUGCUUGGAAAAUGGGCCUGAAGACUGGCAUGUACUAUUUGCGCACAAAGCCAGCUGCCCAGGCCAUUCAGUUCACUGUAGACAAGACCAAGCUUCGAUCAUCUGUGCUGUCUCCUGCCAGUGCUGGAAAUCGUGUGGUCAAUGGGGAUGCCAAUAUUCCAACAGAGCAGGAAAAAAACAUGGUGGCAAUGGUGUGCUCAUUGAAGAAUAGAGAUGAGUGUCUCAUGUGUGGAUCAUAGAUAUAAGAAGUUAAAUCCAGGGAUGUGCGUUCGUGGAACAGGCAGAUUUCUUCUCAGAAAAGAUCUUACACUACGUGUCAUGUGUCAUGUAGACCUUAAUAUUUAAUGUUAGUGCUGCCUUUCCACAGAUUGCAAGAUGUACAUAAAAUCAUGCUGGACAAGUCCACAAACUGAUGACACUACUCCUGCCUUACUUGACCUCAACACUUUCUCACUUUUUUUUUUUUUUUUUUUUUUUUUUUUUUUGUAGGUUGGUGUUGAUUUUUUUGGUCCAACGGGCUUUCCUAUGUCAUCAAAUGUCAUUUUUCAGUACAGUUUUGAAUUAAAACGCUAUGUAUAAAAUGCUGCUAUAAUAAAUAAAGGUUGCUGUAUCCUUUAGCUGCUUUUAUCUUAUCUCUUUCCUUUCUAUGGAAAAUAGAUACAAGUUAGCACAUAUGUUAGUAACUGUAAUGAUGUGACUGUCGGAGACUACAUCUAGCAUUUUUGUUCUGUGAUUAAUAUUUACAUCUGAAUUGUUUAUACGUGAAUCUCAUUGUAGUACAAUAGAAGUCAUAAUUAUGAAGAGGACAAAAUAAGUCCGCAUAGUUCUGUCAAGAAUGAAUAGUUCUGUCAAGAAUGAUUAAAGCUUGAGAAUAAAGAAUAUAUCUCAAAAGUGUUAAAA